CUUUCACCCCCCUUCCAGUCCGGACACUUUCCCCCCCUUCCAGUCCGGACACUUUCACCCCCCCUUCCAGUCCGGACACUUUCCCCCCUUCCAGUCCGGACACUUUCCCCCCCUUCCAGUCCGGACACUUUCCCCCCCCUUCCAGUCCGGACACUUUCACCCCCUUCCAGUCCGGACACUUUCCCCCCCUUCCAGUCCGUCACUUUCACCCCCUUCCAGUCCGGACACUUUUACCCCCUUCCAGUCCGAACACUCAUCCACCCCCUUCCAGUUUCCGGACACUUUCCCCCCCUUCCUGCCCAGGCCAAUUUUCAGCUUUCAGCGCUAUCACACUUU